CCCAGAGGAACGUAAGAUACCCAGCUUUGGUUGUUUUCUUUGGAGUCUCUGACUUUUUGAUAUUUUCGAAAUGGAAUAAGAGGGAAAAAUAAUUGUGGUCUGUGUCCAUAGACCUGACGGACCCGUGGACUCUAGACGAGCUUGUUUACGACGAGAGGGGGAGAAACUUUGCCAGAAGAACAUACAAUGUAGAAACAUUACUCAGCGGAUUUGAGCAAAGAUAUAAAUAGAAGGCGCUUCUGUGCAUCAGAGUCAGUCAGCUGAUAGAGAGCGAGGCAAAAACAGUUAAAGCAUGGUGUAAUUUUUCAUUUGCGGGAUCCCAAACUACUGCGGGCGAAUCACGCCAGUUGUCCUUAAUUAGAACAUAGUCCCGGAGCAUGACUCAAAAAGGAGGGUUCUAUAAAGAGGAUGGCUACGGCGCUAGCUCACCAAUCUUUUCAAAAGAUAAGCUUGUAAAAAGUCUACGAGGAAUGGGGAUUGCAAGAGACAUGAAAGUACCUAGAUGAUAGCGUUGAAAACUGUGCGGGGUGUCCCGGGUAUUUCAAAAUGGAAAGACUGUAAACAUUUCCCAUUACAAUUUCCGUAAGACAUUUGGUUUUGUUUCCAGUGCGUUCCUCUCAAGAUAUAAUAUAAAAGCUUGCAAUCGCCUACUGUACCGUUCAGAAGAAAGAAAGAAUUACGUUGAUACUCACAAUACUUGAUUGUCUGAAGCAUUAAAAAUGAUUUUAUACAGAUUGUUGAGAGCUGAUGAGGAUCCUGCUAAAGGUUUAACUGCAAAAGACCCAAACUCUGAUGUAACUGUAGAUUUCCACGUUUCAUACGGAUCGAAUGGCUCUGACUCAAGAUACAUAUCCUGCAGUAAGACUCUAGAAGGAAUAACCGAAUUCGCUUCUCAUUCAAUAACAUUUCCAAGGAGAAUUGUUAGGAUAGAGUUAAAUGAGAACGAUCAAGACAUAAAUAUCAUAGAUUUGACAAAUUAUUAUGAGCGGAUUCAGCAUGUGUUUACCCAACGGGGCAUAAACUUUGCAAGGAAGUUCGACGAAGUCUUGGUCGAAGGUAGGAUCCGUGCGGAAUGUAUAACUUUGAUAUAAACUACACUGAUUUGAUGGAUUCUGUUUGGUUUAGUUCAAUGAUUUAUACGUUUUUUAACAAUGGCCGUUCGUCGGUGACACGCAUCAUUGUGAUAGACAGACAGGAAAUGUUUUGUUCGAAUCGUGUAUUGGAAAUUGUGUGUUAGGCUGAUUGUGUUUCUACAUUAUAUAUACAUGUACAUGGAUGUUAGCAUUAUUUUCAGAGUAGUAUACAAUUGAAUAAGAGGACCAUAAAUAUAAAUGUUUACAGUUUUAUUGAUGAAAUUGUAAUUCUGUGUAAUUUCUUCAAUAUUUUUGUUUUACAUAAAAUGUAUAUAAUUUAUGUUAAUGUAUGAUUAUUAUUUAGAAUGUACGCUGAAAAAAAAUAUUACAGUUGUAAAAAUAUGCAUCAAGUGUAUUUGACUUAUAUAUACCUUUUUUAUCACAAUAAUCAAUUAUUAUAUAACUUAUAUAUAUUUAUUACUCAAACUAUUACAUUUGCAAAAAUAUGUAUUUGUCUUAAAUAUGUUUUUAUUCCUAUUUUUCAUAAUAAUCAAUUAUAAUUUAACUUAUAUAUUUUUAUCUUUGUUUCAUUUUUAUUUUCAAUGAUUCAUAACAGAACAUCGUACUUUGAUGUAUAUUUGACAUUAUUUAUUAUCAUUAUCAUAUCAUAUUAUCAUCAUCACUAUUAUUAUUCAAUUUAUUUUUAUCAGUAAAUUGUAUCCAACAUGUAUUUAAUUCUUUUUAUAUCUUAAUUUUCAAGAGGUUAGUAACAGAAAAUAAGAAAUCUUUCUUAAUGAAUGUUAAAUAUACAUAUCCUAUAUCUAUUGUGUCAUGUUAAAACAUUUUUGCUUUAAGGGUCAGGUGCUUGAUUCAAAGGAUGUAAAAUUAAAUGAAUGAUAUGUUUUAAUUUUGGACAUGAAUUUAAUCAGCUAUAAAUAUUUUUUCAAUAAAACUUAUUCUUCACAGUC